AUGUCUGACCAAGAAGUAGUUACUCCCCAAUCUGGUCUCUUCACCUGUCUUGCAUGUCAAGUUGCUUUCCAAUCCGCUGAAGGUCAAAGAAAUCAUUACAGAUCAGACUGGCACAGAUACAAUUUAAAGAGAAAAGUUGUGAGUCUUCCUCCUGUCACAUCCGAGCAAUUCAACAGCAAAACUGAAGCUCGUGAGAUGAAAGAAGCCGAAGUAAAGAAGGUGAUUGAAACAACAAACAACUACUGUCAAACCUGUCGCAAGCCAUUUGGCACCAACAACCAAUAUGAGAACCACAUGCAAUCAAAAAAACACAAGGAAGUUGCUGCCAAACAAGCAUUGAAACAGCAACAACAAGCAGAACAACCCAAGAAGGAGGCUUCAGUUCAACCCAAUGCUGAAAAGCCAGUCGAUUUGAGAAUCACAGAAGAAACAACCGAAGAGGAGAUGAUGGCUAUGAUUGAUGAAAAGAUCAAGAUCGCACCUCGUCUUGAAGAGACAGACUGUUUGUUCUGUAACCACAAAGCAGAGACAUUCGAAGACAACAUGACACAUAUGACCAACACGCACAGUCUUUUCAUCCCUGAUAUCGAGUUUUUGGUUGAUUUGAGAGGAUUGAUCCGCUACUUGGGUGAAAAGAUCACAGUCGGUAAUGUGUGUAUCUUUUGUAACGGUAAGGGCAGAGGCAUGAGAUCGGUGGAUGCCGUCAGAAAGCACAUGAGCGACAAGGGACAUUGCAAAAUUGCAUAUGAUGAAGAUGAUGAUGCUGCUGAAUUGGUUGAUUUCUAUGAUUUCUCUUCAUCUUAUCCCCAAAUUGAAGGCGAUGAUGAAGAGGUGGAUAUCGAUGCAGAACUUGAGAACCUUACAGCAUCGUUGACAUUAGCAGACGAUGAAAUGUCUUUGGUAUUACCAAACGGAUCUGUAGUAGGACAUCGUCAUAUGAAGCGUUACUACGAUCAAAAAUUGAAGCCAGAAGAGACACGAGAUUCCAUUCUGAUCAACAAGCUUAUCGGUCAAUAUUCUGAAUCACAUGCCUUCGAAUCCAUGCGUAACUCCAGCAACAACAGAUUGCUGAUCACUAAUGGCAGACAUGGUAUGCGCACCACAGAGGCAUUCAAGGAUCUCCGCACACAACACGAAUAUACCACAAAGGUCGGUAUGAAUCAAAAUAGACUCCAAAAGCAUUUCAGAAUCCAAAUUAUUUAG